GGCUUAUUGAUCAAAUAGUUGCGAUUUAGAUAUGAAAUAUUAUUGAAGACUAAAGAUGUCUUGAUAGAAGGGAUGUAUGAAGAAUGGGAGUGACAAACACUAUAAAUAGAGUGUCACUAGCCAUAAAAUUUUUAAAAGAUAAAGAAAAAAUGAUAAAUCCAAAAAAUAAUUAAAAAAUUAAAAAUACAUAACAUAUCUUUACAUUUUGUCAUCCCAUCUCCUCCCAUCUUUUUUAAAUAUUAACUAAAGAAAUCAAACAAAAAGAAAAGUUCAAUUCUUAAUCUCUCUGUUCUUCUUCAAAGGAACUAGCCAGCAAUGGGGAACAGUUCCUAAGCAAAGGGUUCCUGAGAGAUCAUCGAUCGAAACGACAUCCCAGAGAGCCCCUGGAAUUGGUGGCCACAAUAGAGAAAUCAGAACCUGUGCAGUUGUUUUUUGCACCGAAUCCUCCCUCUUGGUUGGUUUUGCUCUAGGUCAAGUGAGUCACUCUGUCGGCAGAGUAACAAUCCUUCCAUAACCUCUCGUCUCUCCCUCCCGAUUUCUAUCUCUUGAGGCCUAUUUAUAGGCCUUUGAUUAUGCUUUCUGGGGAGAGAAACUUGUAUCUACUGCAUAUCCAAUCAAUCACAAAGCUCCAAACUCUUGGGCAGUGAAUAAGGAAGCUCCCAUGUAAAUUUCUCACGAAGUAAAGGUGCCACGUCAUAACGGAGGCCAAGGCGUUUUGGGUGUCUAUUCCUUAAGUAUGUCUUCUCUUCGAGUCUCGGUUUCAGCAACUGGAUUUCGAUGUCCCCUUCGGCUACCAAGUGGUCCACUAGUCUACUUUGACCUAAAAAAACACAGAAAGCUAUCAAAGCUCAUCAAAUCCGCAAAAGCAAUAAUAGGGUUGCUGAUACACACUUGAACCAUUCAUAUAGGGGUGGGCAACGGGAAACAAGUAUUUGGCUAUACCCAUACCCGUCCUAUUUUCUUAAGGUUACGGGUAUCCAAAUACCCAUUUUAUUUAUCGCGGGGUGGGACUUGGGAUUAUUUCAACAAUGGGUACCCGCGGGUUACCCGCUAAUACCCGUUCGGGUAAUACGGGUACCCGUUAUAUUCGUUACAACACUUACUGAAAGUCUGAAAGUGAAAUACAACAACAGCCCGAGCCCAUUCGGCAUUUCAGCCAGUCCAGGCCAAGUCUAACCUAGCCUCUCCGUGACAGUGAGAUAGUCUCAUCUCUCGUCCUCUCCCUCCCUCAAACACUCGUGAGUCGUGACUCGGAAGAAGGCAGCAGAAGUGAGAAGACCAGUAGACCACCUACACUCCUCUCCGUCCAACCCCGACGACUAUUUCCCUUUGGACGUCGGCCUUCCCACUCAGCCUUCGGCCGCUCCUCUCCUCUAGCAUUCCCAAUUCCCUUGGAAGAAGUCGAGACGGUUGGCUACCUGGCUCACUCUCCAUUCCGCAAUCAGCCACAGAAUUGGAGUUUGGCUUUCGAGCUCCUUCUCCCCGACACCGAUAACAUCUGUUCGCCUAUCUUCGGGGUAAGUUUUCAUUCAAUUGAUACAAUGAUACUUCUGAGUUCUUCCUGGGUGCCUUUGGGUAAUUUCAAUUCAUACUUCCAAUUCUCUAUUAUCUGCUGUCGAGUACUAGUGUUACUCUUACUCCUACUUCAGAUUUUGAAAGAAGAAAAAAAAAGACAGUCGAGGGCUUCCCAUUUUCCAUUUAUCCUAACCUUGAAUUCUUUAAUGUCUCUCUGAAAGUAUCAACAAAAAGGAAACGGAUAAAAACAUAUGGAUUAGUUAAGAUUUGCAUAAACUAAAAAGGAUAAACACAGACUCACAGAGGUCAUGACUUGCAUUGUUUUUGCUAAUGCAGAGGUUAGCAGGAGAUAAAAACAGCCAUGUCGUUUGCUUCUCUAACUAUCUAUUAUAUUUGAUUUUCAUAGUGGUUUUCUUGCUCCUACCUUAGUCUUCAGUAGUUAAAUUCUUCUUACUUAUCUCAUGAUGAUGUUUAUUCCCAUGUUAUUUGAUUUUUGAUGGCUAGUCAAGAGCAUGUGCCGUCUCUAAAGUACCUCAAACUCAACAAGCAAGUAAUGUUGUGGUUAAUGAAGAACCAUUGAUUGGGUCGGAUUCUAGAAAAAGGAAAGCAUCUAGCCUUCAAUCACCACAUUGGAUUGGAUUCACAUUGUUAUUUACUACAGAAGGAGAUCCAUUGGUUGAGGUUCGGAAAGGAAAAUGUAAACGUUGUUGAACUAUCAUUUCUGUCUCAACCACCCAUGGCACAAAUGUCUUGAAGACCCAUAAGGCCUCUUGUGAGAAGAAACAUUUGGACCUGCUACAAUAACCGAAUCUGAGUUUCCAACCAGGUUCCUCCACGGACGGACAAGGCGAGAUAUCAGCUUGGCGAUUCAUUCAAGAAGACUCACGGUUAACUUUUGCAGAAAUGAUCAUGCUUGCCGAGCAACCUUUCAAAUUUUUGAAAGGGAGGGAUUUCAUCAUUUCAUUGCUCGUGUUUUCCCAAUGUUCAAUAUUCCUAGUAGGAAGACAGUGAGGACAGAUUGUGCAAAGUUGUUUAUUCAUCAAAAAGAUAGCUUGAAGUCCUUCUUCAAAGAUAUAUGCAUGGGGCGGGUUUCAAUCACAAUGGAAUGUUGGAGAUUGUUGAAGAACGAUAAUUACAUAACUAUCACUGCGCAUUUCAUCUCCAAAAUUUGGCAUAUCCAUAAGAGGAUCAUAUUCUUCAAGAAGAUAUCUAGUCAUAAAGGGGAGGACAUUGCUCACACAGGGAUGACGUGUUUAAAUGAGUGGGAUUUGAAAGAUGUCCUUUGUUUCACAGUUGAUAAUGCAUCGGAUAAUGACAUAGCAGUUCGUCAUAUGAGGGAGAAAUUUGAAUAAUGGGGGAUCAACAUAUCAGGGGGAGAUACCUACAUAUGCCUUGUGUAGCGCAUAUCACUAAUUUGGUUGUUUCUUAUGGCUUUGAUGAGAUUGGGUUGUCAGUGAGAAGGAUUAGGGAAGCCAUGAAGUGGAUUACUGCUUCGCCAUCGAGGGAGGAGAUAUGAAGGAGGGCAACCAAUAGCAUGAACAUCCAAUGCAAGAGAUUACUAACUCUUGAUGUGCCAACAAGAUGGAACUCAAUAUAUGUAAUGUUAGAGUUCGCUGAACCAUUCGAGACAGCUUUUCCAGUGUAUGCAGGAAUGUUGCCUGCAUUCAAAACUGAGUUAAGCAAAAUGAUGCAUCGUGAUAUUGUUGUUGGUACAUCUGGACCGAAGGAUUGGGUAAAUGUUUGUUGGAUGAUGGAAUACUUGAAGAAGUUCUAUGACUUGACUUGUCUCGUCUCUCGCACCUCAUAUGUGACAUCUCAUCUCUUUUUCAAAAAGAUGUGUGAUAUAUUUGAUCACAUAGCCAAUGUGGAAAAGCAAGCAGAUCCUAAGAUUAGCACUAUGGCACAAAAAAAAAGGUCCAAGGUUGCUAAGUAUUGGGAGGAAGAAGUAGUCGGUAACUUCAGGAUGAACAAGAUCUUAUACAUAGCUGCGACUUUGGAUCCACGUCAAAAGCUUAAGCAUGUACAGAAAUGUUUGAAGAAGGUAUACAGGUUGGAUAGGGCAACUGCAAUGGUGGCUAAAUUAAGAGAGUUAUUUUCUGAACUCUUUGAGUAUUACAAAAAUUUGUUGCUUCCACCUCAUCCAAGGAAAAACACUAACUCUCAAGACUCUACUACACAAUCUCGGAAGCAAGCUUUGCUUAAUGUUGAUGUUAGGAGGCUAUCAAAUCGUGGUUCGUGUAGUGCAAUAGAAGAUAGUGACGAUGAAGGAAACGACAAUGAUGCUUUUGAGUUGACACUCUAGUUAACCGAGAGUCAAUUCAAGGAGAAACAACAGCAAGAUAAUGUUGCAGUUGUCGAAUCCUUUGAUAUUCUUAAGUGGUGGUCAACUCAUGUUUUGUGAUUUCCUAUUUUGGUUGAAAUAGCUCAGGAUGUAUUGGCUAUCCCAAUAUCAACUGUUUCUUCCGAGUCGGCAUUUAGAACAAGAGGAAGGGUUCUAAAUGGUUUUAGAACUUCUUUGGCUCCCAGAUGGCUGAGGCUUUGAUUUGUGGUGGUGAUUGGCUGAGAAGUAACAAUAAAAUUGUUUUAAACGAUGAAGAAGAUGUGCCCGAAUCCGAGCAAGAAAAGGAAUACCAUGAAGGUACGGUUUACUAACUUAUUUAUAUUUUUAAAUACCUACUUACUAGUUGUUCUAUAAAUAACUUAUUAUUUGACAUUUGUUUAAAAUGUAGUGUUGCAAGCCAUUGGAGGUGGAUCACUCUGAAACUUCCCGAAUUCAGGUUGGUAGCAGCUUCAAUUAAUCAAAUUUGACUUCUUGGUGGUAGCUUCAAUUAUUCAAAUUUGAAACAUCAAUUAGUCAUUCGUGAAUUGAUUAGAAUGGAUGUCAUGUGCAGGUUAUUUUCAAGAGAUCAUUUGGUUGGAAUGGAUGUCAGUCAUCAUAAGGUCGUUGGUUGGAAAAAUUCUGCAGGCUGCAGCAUUUUAGUACUGGUUGUUUUUGACAUCUCAUAUUUGACUUUGACAUUGUUUCUUUGUUCCAAGUUCAUGUUUAUUGUUGGGCAGCGGCUAACUAUCUCUUUUUUAUAGCCGGAUAUGGACAUCUAUAUCUUUUGUGGGUGGGUUCUUUGUUCCUAGAUGGCACGUUUGUUUCUCAGUACUAGUUUAAUUAUAGCUAAAUAUGUACAACAGCUAGCUAUCUCUUUUUUAUUUGUCAGCAGUGGGCACUGGGUGAUUUUUUUGGACUGUGGGUGGGUUCUUUUCCUUUCUCAUUUGUGGCCAGUGGGUGAUUUUGUCCCUUUCAUUUAUGGAAAAUAGCUAUGAAUGAAUUAUCUCUAUGUCCUAUGGUUAGGAGAUUUAUUGUGGACAAUAGUAGCAUUGUUCUUCUUGUUUCCAGGUAUAAACGGGUACACGUUAUCCAUCCUGUACUAGUAACGAGUACCCGUUUCUACUUUAGAUCCACUACUAGUGGAUUGAAGGUUCUUCAGAUGGUUCACCUACUGAAGGUAGAGUAAAAGGGUGUGAUAUCCAGGAUGGUUCACCUACUGAACCAACUUUGUUUAGAAGAACACAAUGAAUAGAGAUCAAGGUGCUUGGAUCAUCCUACCUCAACCUUACUAGAGCACAUACUCUCACCCACAAUUUCUCAUCACAUGACAAUUGUAAUUAUUCCUAUAUGUGAACGAUUUCUAGUCAUGCCACAAAUAGUUAUGAAGAACUUAUAUCAUUGUGGCAUACUAGGUAGGUAAAAGAACUCGAGUAGUCUCUAGAUUGGGGAUCUUGUAAUUGUCAAUGCACGAUGUUUCGUCCUACCAUAGAACAAUAAUUGAUUAUCUUUUUGUUCCAAUGCAUUUUCGAUCUCUCCUCAUAUGAUGCAUUGAUUCUUUGAAUACAGCAUACCAUGCAUUUUUUAUUUCUCUUCAUGCCAUGCAUGGAUAAUCGAGCUAUUCAAUCAAGAAUGGUGAUUACAAAAAGGUAAGGAUUUAUAGUGAUGUUUUAUUAAAAAUAAACACAGAUUUUGUAA